AUGUUCAAGUUGGGUAAAAAAGUGAGGCCAGAGGAAAAACCGCCUCUGAAAUCCACAAGAAUCCAGACCAAAAGGCUCCAGUCCCUGCUUGCUAAAAGCAGCUUCAGACAGGUGUCAACAUGGAGUCAGAGUGGAGCCAGCAGCUUUUCUCCAAAACACACCAGCAGACAGAGGAGUGGGAGCGACAUCAGCGCUGAAGCUUCUGAACUGGAAAAAUUCAGCAUAACUUACAAAGAUCAAAGAUGUUUCAGCAGCCACCCUCUGAAUAAACUCUUCUCGGAUAUUCUUACAUCUUUAGUCAGGAAUCGACUCUGCAGUGAAUGGAUUGACCUUGCACCACCCGAGACAGUCCUUAGAGUUCUCAUCUGCCUCCGGUUAUUGAUCAGAGAUCCAAACUAUCAGAAACUGUUUCAUCAGCUUCAAGGCAUCAGUUUACUUUCCAGGGUCAUGGAGUCUGUCACUGUCGAGUACAUGUCCUGUGGUGAGCAGGCGCUUGCUGCGCAGCAGCUCGUAACAAUGACCUACAUGCUUCAGAAGCUGUUGACAACUGAAAACCAAAGGGUCUGGGUCGUGGAGAGCGGCGCUCACAGGACUCUCGUGCAGCUCCUCUCUGCAGCAGACAGCGGUGUGCUGCACGGAGCCCUGCUUGCCCUCACUGCUUUAGCUGAGAGUCCCGAGUCGAAGAAGGAGAUCGGGCAGCUGCACAUUGUGGAGAACCUGCUUCUAAUCCUGCAGGAAUAUGAUCUGCUGUCAAAGAGGAUGAGCGCAGAGCUGCUGAGGCUUCUGUCUCCGGUCCAACAUGUCAGGCUCCAGUUAAAGGAGCUGGAGGGAGUACCGGUGCUGCUCAGCCUCCUGCACAGCUGGAACCUGAAGCUGCUGUGGAGCGUCACCUGGGUCCUGGUCCAGCUCUGUGAGGAUCCUGACACCAGAACAGAGAUCCAGAGCUGGGGGGGAGUGCAGCAGCUCCUCCGACUGCUCAGCAGUGACAGGCGGUACGCCUCUGAUCGCUCCGUCGUCCAGACGUUCUCCGACGCCGGCGCCUCCGGUCGCAUCCUAAGGGAGCAGACGACCGAGGAGCUCGUCCCAAACGAGGAGAACCACAACGCUUUGGCCCUGCAGUCAGCGUGCUGUACAGCGCUGACCGAGCUGAGUCUGGACGACACUUCUGCUCAUCUCAUCGUUCAGGAAAAUGGAGUCUAUAUAAUCUCGAAGUUCAUUUUACCACAAGUCAAUGAACCAAAGGCCACUUCCUUACAGCGCUACGCCUUCCGCACCCUCCGAUUUCUCUUCAGUGUGGAAAUGAACAGACAUCUGUUUAAAAGGCUCUUUCCCACAGACCUCUUUGAGCUGUUUAUUGAUGUUGGACAUUACGUGCGAGACCUCGCCGCCUACGAGCUUCUGCAGACCACAGUUUCACUCUACACCGAAGAAGAACUGGACGGUCUGAGAGCGAGCAUCGAUGCUCUGGAUCAGAACCAGCCUCCGCUCAGAGUGAUCCACGGUUACUCCAUACUGGACCAUCUGGGGUCCGGGGCCUUUGGAAGUGUCUUUAAGGUCCGAAAGCAGAGCGGGCAGAACCUCCUGGCUCUGAAGGAGGUGAACCUGCACAACCCGGUGUUUGGAAAAGACAAGAAGUCCAGAGACGGCAACGUGGAGAAAAUCAUUUCUGAGCUCACGAUCAUCAAAGAACAGAUGAUUCACCCAAACAUUGUAAAAUAUUACAAAACAUUUGUAGAAGGUGAAAAGCUUUACGUAGUGAUGGAGCUGAUUGAGGGCGUGCCGCUCACGCAGCAUUUCAACUCCCUGAAGGAGAAGCAGCAGCAGUUCACCGAAGACAGAAUCUGGAGCAUAUUCAUACAGAUGUGUCUGGCCUUGAGGUAUCUGCACAAGGAGAAGAGGAUAGUCCACCGCGACCUCUCGCCCAGCAACAUCAUGCUCGGAGAGAGAGAUAAAGUCACCGUCACCGACUUCGGCCUCGCCAAGCAGAAACAGGAGAACAGUGAGCUGGUUUCAGUGGUUGGCACCAUCCUGUACUCCUGUCCAGAGGUGGUAAAAAACGAGCCGUACGGGGAGAAAGCUGACAUCUGGGCUUUGGGGUGUGUCCUGUACCAGAUGACAACCUUACAGCCUCCUUUCUACAGCAGCAACAUGCUGUCUCUGGCCAGCAAGAUUGUCGAGGCCGUCUACGAGCCGGUGGAAGAAGGAGUCUUCUCAGAGAGAGUCACAGACAUGAUCAGAUGGUGCUUGAGUCCAGAUCCCGACCAGAGGCCCGACAUCAUCGCCGUCAGCUCCAGGAUUGCUGACAUCAUGAUGAGGCUGAUGGACGGACUCUACACCUCCCAGAAUGCACUGCAACGAAGAGCUGACAGGGACAGGAAACGAGCUCAGAAGUACUUCCUGGAAAGGAACAACAGCAGGAUGAUCUGCUGUCAAUCAAAGCAGGAAAACCCUCCGAUGGCGUCUGACUCUCUGGAUCAAAGCUCUGCAGCUUCAGGCAGUUUUCACCACAGCGAGCAGAGAAUCAGUCACGCGUCAGUGGGGAUCUGUGUGUCCCAGAAGAAGCUUCGACAGAUCGACGAUCCGAUCCAGAAGCUGCUGAAGCAGCUGCACAAACUCAUCUUCAUCACUCAGCUUCCACCAGCGUCGCACCAGAACUUCAGACGGCGCCUCGUUGACAGAUUUAAAAAGUCCCUCUUCCAACUUGGCAGCGAUUCGUACGAGCUGAAACUGGAGCUCAGCAAGCUCCUGCAGGCGUCUCCAGAACUGAUGGAGUUAAACUCAACCGGAUCAGACUGGUGGCCUCGGGGGCAGAACUCCACCGGGGUUCAUGCUGCCGAUACCUCAGCUGCUGAGAAUCUCAGAGAAGGAGUUACGUAUCAGCAGAUGCAGGGGAUCAUUGAGGAGCUCCUGCAGGAGAACAAUUACUACGAAGCAUCACACAACAGGUUUAAAACUGCCUGA